AUGCAGAAAGCAACAAAAACGUUCAACCCUUUACCAUAUGCAGAUUUUAGAAGCGAUACCGCCACGGCACCAACCCCAGAUAUGUUUGCGGUAAUGGCAAAGGCUUCACUAGGAGACGAUGUAUACAACGAGGAUGACUCAGUCAAGGCAUUAGAGCGCUAUGUGGCAAUCCUCUGUGGGCAUGAGUCUGCAUUAUAUUGUGCGUCGGGAACAAUGACCAAUCAAUUAGCUCAUCGCGUACAUCUAUCAAAUCCGCCACAAUCAGCCAUGGUAGAUAUCCGCUCACACGUCUUUAACUAUGAAGCUGGUGGUAUCUCCUUUCACUCACAAGCAGCAGUCUACCCCAUUAUGCCAUCCAACGGUCAAUACCUAACAAUAGAAGAUAUUUCACCGCGUCUGGUCAUGGACAUUGAUGUGCAUUAUGCGCCAACUAGGGUCAUCUCACUCGAGAACACACUCAAUGGUACAAUCAUGCCUCUUGAAGAAAUUGUACGGAUCCGUCAACUGAGUAAAAAACAUGGGAUCAAGCUUCAUCUCGACGGUGCUCGACUAUGGCAUGCUUCGAUCGCAACGGGGAUCUCAAUGAAAGAAUAUUGCAGCCAAUUCGAUACGAUCUCGCUAUGCCUCUCUAAGGGGAUUGGAGCGCCUAUUGGUUCUAUCCUAGUCGGAAGUGAGGCUACAAUUAAAAAGGCAAGGCAUUUCAGGCUGCUCUUUGGUGGUGGAUGGCGACAAGCCGGAUUCUUAGCUGAGGCAGCGCUUUGGUGUAUCCAGACCAACUGGUCCACUAUGGAAAUUACACACCGCCAAGCGCGGCGGCUCGAGCAUGCUUUCCUGCAGAUUCGAUGUCGUAUCACGAAUCCCGUGGACACUAAUAUGAUCUGGAUCGAUACAAAGGACGCAGGGUUCACUGUGGAGGAGCUCUCGACCGAGUUGGCCAAGGCGGGUAUCAAGAUUAGUGGAAGUGGAUAUUCUGCAAGGGUCGUUCUCCAUUAUCAGAUCUCAGACGAGGUUGUUGACAUGUUCAUUGAUGACGAUGUCAAGCUGGAAAAUUCCGACCUAUGA